AUGGACGUACGGCUGCUGACGUGCGCGGACCUACCGCUGAUCCAGCACGCCAACCUGGAGAACCUGCCGGAGAACUACUUCCUCAAGUACUACCUGUACCACGCGCUGUCGUGGCCGCAGCUCAGCUUCGUCGCCGUCGACGCCUCGCGCCCGCGCCGCUCGCCCUACGACUACCCCAAGAUUGUCGGCUAUGUCCUGGCCAAGAUGGAGGAGGAGCCGGCCGACGGGGUGCCGCACGGCCACAUCACCAGCCUCAGCGUCAUGCGCACGCACCGCCGCCUGGGAAUCGCGGAGAAGCUGAUGCGCCAGAGCCAACUCGCCAUGGUCGAAACCUUUCAGGCCAAGUACGUCUCGCUACACGUCCGCGUCUCCAACAUCGCCGCGCGGCACCUGUACGAAGACACGCUGGGCUUCAACAACGAAAAGACGGAGCCCAAGUACUACGCCGACGGCGAGGACGCCUUCUGCAUGCGCCUCGACCUCGACAAGCUGCGCAGCCAGGCCAACGAGGCGGCGGCCGCUGCCUUUGCCGACGACGACGACGCAAACGCCAACGCCGAAGACCACGAGGCCGACGGCGGCGGCGGCGCCGCCACCGAGGGCUUGGAUGAGGGCGACGCCGUCGGCGACGUCGGGGAUGAGCCGCGCAAGAUCAAGGUCGCCGUCGGUCGGGGCCUCGGGGUUGGCGACUUGGUGGAGAAGGAUGAGAGGAAGCACUGA